CGCCUUCCAUACGUACCUGCAACGAAAAGGCCUCAAGAUUUUGCUCCACGCAAGUGAAACGAGGAGGCGAGUAGCGAGUAUCAGGGGAAUUAUCAGACGACAUUUUAUAAUCGACGAAAAAUGUUUGCGAGUGUUGUCAGGAGUGUCACGAGGCGUUCGUUCUCAACGUCCAGAUGGGCAGCUGCACAGCAGAUGACAGUAAGAGAUGCAUUAAAUUCUGCCAUAGAUGAAGAGAUGCAGAGGGAUGAUAGAGUUUUUAUUAUGGGUGAAGAAGUAGCUUUGUAUGAUGGAGCUUACAAAGUUUCCCGAGGUCUUUUGAAAAAAUAUGGAGAGAACCGAGUUAUUGAUACGCCUAUUACUGAAGCUGGCUUUUGUGGUAUGGCAGUUGGUGCAGCUAUGGGUGGCUUAAGACCAAUUUGCGAAUUUAUGACAUUUAAUUUUGCAAUGCAAGCAAUUGAUCAAAUAAUUAAUUCUGCUGCCAAAACCUAUUAUAUGUCUGCAGGGAAAAUUAAUGUUCCCAUAGUUUUUCGUGGACCAAAUGGGGCAGCCGCUGGUGUAGCAGCUCAACAUUCACAAUGCUAUGGUGCUUGGUUUGCUCAUUGUCCAGGUUUAAAGGUUGUCUCUCCAUACAAUAGCGAAGAUUGUAAGGGUUUACUUAAGGCUGCCAUUCGAGAUCCUGAUCCAGUUGUAUUUUUAGAGAAUGAACUACUUUAUGGUGUUCAGUAUCCUAUGUCUGAUGAAGCACUAACAAAAGAUUUCGUCCUGCCUAUUGGAAAGGCAAAAGUUGAACGUGUUGGUAAGCAUAUAACACUGGUAGCACAUUCCAAAGCAGUUGAAUUAGCACUGGAAGCUGCUAAUGAAUUGGCUGGUAAGGGUAUAGAAGCAGAAGUUAUAAAUCUUAGAUCAUUAAGGCCACUUGACAUGGAUACUAUUGCUCAAUCAGUUGUUAAAACUAAUCAUCUUAUUAGUAUUGAGCAAGGUUGGCCUCAAUGUGGUAUUGGUGCUGAAAUUUCUGCAAGAAUUAUGGAAAGUGAAGCCUUUUAUUAUCUCGAAUCGCCAGUAAUUCGUAUAACAGGUGUAGAUACACCUAUGCCUUACGCUAAAAGCUUAGAACAAAAAGCAUUGCCAGUACCAUCAGAUAUAGUUGAUGUGACAAACAGAUUACUUGGACUUUCACAGUAAUCAUAAUAUGGUGCAAUUUUAGGAACAAUCAUCCUUCAUUAUUUUAAACUCACCCCUUUAUUUGAAAUCAAUCCUUUUAAUUAAUUCUUUAGAUACG